AUGAAGGGUGAGCAGCAGACAGAGGACAUCCUGUAUGUGAUCCAUCUGAUGACCAAUAAUACGUGUGAGCUGAGGAAAAGGUACAGCAUCGUGUCAGACAUCAUAUCAGAGGAUGAGCUUGAGAAAACCUCCAGCGUAGAACUCUACAAUGGCCACCGUUCCACUAAAAUCAAAAAGCAGUACAACGUAGAAAGAGAGGACGGUAGGCGCAGACCUGGAGCCUCUGCUGCUGCGCCCAACUCAARAGGACCAAGAGCGAUGAACAACUACAACGAGAAGAUUCUGACAAGGGGCUCAAACCAAAUACGGAGCCGAUUUGUGAAGAAAAACGGGCAAUGCAAUGUUGUUUUCACUAACAUGGAGGACAGAAGGCAACGCUACAUCGCAGACAUCUUCACCACCUGCGUGGACAUCCGCUGGAGAUAUCUGCUGCUUCUCUUCUCCGCCAGCUUCAUCAUCUCGUGGCUGAUUUUUGGUUUAAUCUUUUACGUUGUCUCUCUUGCGCACGGUGACUUUGAGGAGCCCCCAACACAAAAAGCUGAAGUUGGAGGGCAGACCCAAAGGAUGCCCUGCAUACUGCACCUUCAGGGCUUUGUUGGAGCAUUUCUGUUCUCCAUGGAGACUCAGACCACUAUUGGCUACGGCUGGCGUUGUGUUACAGAAGAGUGUCCCAUUGCUGUAGUAACUGUGGUUAUACAGUCCAUUCUAGGCUGCAUCCUCGACUCUUUCAUGAUUGGCACCAUUUUGGCCAAAAUGGCUCGGCCRAAGAAGAGGAACCAGACCCUUAUGUUCUCCAGAAACGCAGUCAUCACCCUACGGGACGGCAAACUGUGCCUCAUGUGGAGGGUGGGCAACCUGAGGAGGAGCCACAUUGUGGAGGCUCAUGUCCGUGCUCAGCUCGUACGUUCGUACGUCACGGCMGAGGGUGAGUUCAUCCCCUUGGAACAGAUGGAUCUCAAUGUGGGCUACGAUAACGGCACAGACAGGCUGCUCCUAGUGUCUCCUCUGGUCAUAGUCCACAAGAUAGAYGAAGACAGCCCUUUGUACUCUUUAAGCCGAGCCGACCUGGAAGCAGAUGACUUUGAGAUCAUUGUGAUCUUAGAGGGAAUGGUAGAGGCCACAGCCAUGACCACUCAGUUCCGUAGUUCCUACCUAGCCAGAGAAAUCUUCUGGGGUCACAGGUUCGAGCCUGUGAUCUACGAGGACAGGAACCGCUACAAGGUGGACUACGCUUGCUUCCACAACACGUACGAGGUGCCAUCAACGCCCCAUCUCAGCGCCAAGGAGCUCGAUGAAGCUGUCAGCCGGGCCUCCUCUGUUGCAUCUCCAAUUUCAGCCCGUAGAUCCGCCCAAAACCCGAUCCAGCAGGCUCUGACCGAAUUCUGCUACGAAAACGAAGUCGCACUGAGCUGCGAGGAUGAAGACGACGUGUUUGACUCGACUCUCGCUUUAAGGAAGGACAGGGCAGAUGAGAGAAGGACAUCUGUUGACUUUCAGAAUAUGUUUCAUGACACAACGACCAUAACCUCAGGCAGUCACAACUUUGUGUGUGUUCUGGACAUGGACAACAACCAGAUGGAGUUUGAUAUCCUGCAGAAGGCCAUUCCUCUUGAUCCAGUGACCUAUAAGACUGAACAAGAGAACUAG